GGAUUGACGAUUUUUUUUUAAAAACUAAAAAAUAGACCUUGAUUUUCUUGAUUCAUUUCCUAACAAAAGUGCUUUAAUAAUUCAAAUGUUCCUUCCUUAGACUUAAUCAAAUCUAUUUUAUACAAGCUUGUGAAGAAUGUUUUAUUUUAAGAAUCGUUUAAAAUAUUUAAUUUAAAAAUAAAUAUCGGUGUAUAAUGGCCCCUGGCAAUAAGGAGAGGCAUCCAGGACGUACGGGUACCAUACCUAAAACGAAAGUGAGGAAUAAUUGCAAUGUACCCCAAGAAGCUGUAACACCAACAAGGCGAGAUAUGGCAUCUAACUUGGUGACGACUUCUCUGGAUUGGGUGCCAGUUUCAGAAUAUAACACAAGAUCUAAUUGUAAUCAGUCUAGAAAACAGACAAAUAACACAUCAGAUCAAGAACUCACUGACUUAGAUAAUUCAGUAGCAUAUGAGGGCGGGUUUGGAAGGUUUGUUCCUGUGAGGCCUCAACCUCGAGCGUUACCACUGACUGUACAAAACAGGGAAAAUUUACCAUCAGAUCACCAUGAUGAUGCAGCCUCUAAUUCCUCACAUACUUUGCAUCCUUACACCGCACACCAAAUGCAGAAUGGCCUAAUUCCACAUUCUAAUCAUGCAGCGGCUGCUGUUAUGAUAGUUAAUCCCACAACACCUAAUGCUGUUGCAGGGAAUAUGUCUCAACAAUUUAAUGGUCCUAAUCAGAAUAGGAACAACUUGACUAGGAAUUUGAAUUCAACUCGUAAUACUUUUGAAGGAAAUAAUUCAAACAAUAAUAAUUCCACAAUCUCUAAUUCGAGAUCUGGUACAAAAUCUGUCAAUUUAAUGAACAACAUGUACGACCAGGGCCAAGGCAGUUUUAACAACAUAAAUGAGAAUAAUCAGGCUCACAGAGAAUCAGCCAGAGCUUUAGGAGAAGCGAUUGUUGCAGCGUGCCCAGACGCGGCGGCUGUCGAACGUCGUCUUGGACAGAUCAGGGAAUAUAUAAGAGUUACGUCAUCUCUUGUUGAUACAAUGAGGAAUUCAGAGGAUGAGGCCUUUAUUAACCACACAAAAGAAGAAUAUGAUGAACUAGUAAAAAUGGUAAUGCAGUUGAAAGAAAGUGAAACAAAACUUGAGUCUAUGUUAGUUUUAAUGCAAGGUAACAAUGCUGAAGCUCAAAUUGAAAGUAUAACUCCUGGUCAAGGAGCAAUCGGUACAAGUGAAUCAGAAAGUAAAAAUGAUGUUAUUCCUGAAAAAGCAGUAACUCAAGAUAAAUCUUGCAAUAUUAAGACGAAUAAUGAUAAAAAUACUCCGAACGUGAAUCUAAAGAAAGUAACAAACUUUGAAAAUGAACAUUUGAACAAGACAACUAUUACUAGACAAGGAGAUGAAAAUCAAAUAAAUAAUGAAACUGUCACUGAAAGUAUCGACAUUGUUGAUGAAAGUGGUAGUGACAGAGUUGAAAUUAAAGAAAUAGAAUCAAUUACUUGUGAACCCGAGGUAAAGAAAGAUGAUAAACAACUUAAUGACAUGUUACGAAAAAAUAUCAUGGCGUGUGUGGAAAAAAUUGCUAUUAUGGAAGAAAUGAGAAAUAAAAAUAAAGAUUCUAGCUGCAACAAAGAUCAGCAAGAUGUAGUUGUAAGACCUGUAUCUGACCAAAGUAACGACUCAGCAUACAGUGACAAUGAACUUUGGCAAAAUGAGAUAAAAAACAAAAUGGAGUUAUCACAAAUACGCCUCACUGCAUUAAAACAACAACAGAAGCGACUGCUUAAAUAUCAGGCAGAAGCAAAACAACAACUAGAAGAAUUAAGUAAGGAGAGGCAAUCGCAGGAAAUACAUCACCCGUCCACAUCACAUGAAAACUUUAGUGGAAUGCAGAAUCUGACACUCAGUGCGAACUACCAUCAUUCAAAUCGCAUGUACGGUGCGAAUCAGAUAGGGGUAGCGACGACAUUGCCGCAAUCCAACGAGGUGCUGUCCAGCCCGCAACUGACAUCCAACAACAUUGACAGCGAACACGCGCGCUCCACUCACUCUGUGCACAGCCAGGACGAGAGGUUCUCUCUGAGGGAUGGCAAUAUAGCCAGCAGCGAGGUAUUCCGCCUUCACCAGGAGGCAGCGGGCGGCGGCCGUGACAGCGAGGUUGAAGACGACGAGGGACUUAUGAACGACCGCGGCCGCAUUCUGCAAAUCAAGCUACGUGAACUGCAGCUUAAAAAACAGCACAUGGAAACACUGGUUUCAGAAUUUCAAAAACUACAAAUGGCGACUCGUCUCGGUAGCUCGCAUAACACUUACUCGAGUUCCGGCGAAGAUAGUGGCGACGAUGAAUCUUCGCGCAAAUGUAAUAAAUCGGGCGUCAAUCUCAAAAAUGAGGAUCCAUUUAAGUUAAUGGAAAUAAAAGCCAUAAAGACAGCACUGCAAAAAACUAAAGAUCUCAUGCGGUCGGUAGAAACAUUUGAAGCGGACCAUCUCACGGGUGUUCACGAAGAAUCCUUUCAUUUGCCUGGUCAUUCCAACUUGCAUGAUAAUAAAUCUGAAGGGGGCGGUAGUAUGGGUGGAUGGUCAAACGAGGGCAGCGUUUGUCGCGUGAGGAACACUUUGCCCCAGAGGCACAAGUUUACCAACGAACAGCACUCGCAGCAGCAAGUUCAACAUCAGCAGCAGAUUCAGGCGCAGCAGCACAUACAGGCGCAACAGCACAUACAGGCGCAGCAACAACAUCUGCAGGCUCAGCAGCAACUUCUGCAGACUCAGCAGCAUCAACAUCAACAUCAGCAGCAUCAGCAACAACAUCAACAUCAACAACACAUGCAAGCGCAACAUCAGCAACACCAGCAACCAAGUCACGAAGCCAACAUCAAUACACUGCAACAGUUAGCACAAGAGCUACGUAUGGAGACUGAGAAAAUAAUGGGCGAACGAGCUCGGAUCUCAGACAUAGUGACGAACAAGGAGAGGAAACAGAAGAAGGUGAACGAAGAGGUUCGAUCUAGGUCCGCGGCAUGCCCCGGGCCAGCGGAACGACGUCAGAUGCAAUUGCGGGCCUUGCUUGCUGACAAACAGCGUGAACUGGAGGCGCUACUCAAUAAAGAGACACUCACGACGCCUGUAGAAGUUCAAAACAUGAAAGCCGAUUCGCGCGCCGCAUCCGUCGUUAAUCACUCGUAUAACAGCGAACAAGAAGAACCGGAAUCUCGAUCGGAACACGUCCCAAUGGAUUCUCAGAACUCGAGGGACACCGAAAACUUCAGGGCUGGAGGUGACAGCGUACUAGGGACAAGGUCUAUAAACACGGUCCCCUCACAUCUCGGCAGUACUUACGGCAGCGAUAGCGACAGUGCUUCCAGGAAUAAGUCCAACCAGAGGAACCGUCCCAGAAGGCGACCCACACAGGACAGACAAUCCGAAGAAAAUAGUGCAUCAAUUGCAAACAAUAAUAAUGUGAAUGCUCGACACGAGCCGCGCCUUGAAUCGUCCAACGUUAACUUAGUCCCGCCCGCCGCGCCACCUCAUAACAAUGAAGCCACUGGAAAUUUGCCGUACUCUCAUAUACCACCGACGUGCUGGAAUAGUAAUAAAUCUAAUCAGGACAUGCGCACGAAUCAGUUCACGCAAAACAGUCACUCACAGACCAUGGAUCGUUUGCUGGGCACUCCGCAGAUGUCUUUCCCGCCGACUAUGCCCUAUAACAUGAUGAUGCCAUACGGAAUGGUGGGCGGAUGCGGUUGCGGUUGCGGCUUGUGGGGCGCCUGGUGCUGGCAGCAGUUAGUGUUGCAGCAACGCGAGUUGCACGCGUUGCGCGAACAACUGACACACUUGGAAGAGCGUUGGCGGGCCGAGACUGCUUCGCACACACUUAACAACCAAGUGCCACCCGGCAACCGUGCCAAUAAUUAUUGGGACAAUUUUAGAAGCUACUCGCGUCAGAACCUACUGUCUGCUAACAGCAAGAGCAACGCGGAGGGACAGCAAGGCGCGCAGCCACCGGCGGCGCAUCCGCUCGCCGAGCGCUCGCACAACAGCCUCCACCACACCUCAUCCUCAACCUCGCCCUCGCUCACGCCCAAGCGCAACACCGCACCGCAGCACGCGCACGACGAACCGCCCGCGCGCCAUCUGCGCCGCAACCUCGCCCCCGAGCGUUCACGUUCCUUCUCCUCCGCGCCCGACGUGCUCAACGUCAACCAGAACCCCGAGCCCGACGCCGCGCCCGACCCGCACAGCGCGCACUCCAACAACCCACAGCGCAACCUCGACUACACCAACCCCAUCCCGGAAAUCAUCCAAUCUCACUCCAACAACCUCAACACGCCCGCCAACAAAAAGAAGUCCUCCACGAAACUCCCGGCCAAAAACUCCGCGGCCGGGAGGAAUCGCACUCUCGACUUCUCCCCGACCAGCAACAUCGACAUCGCGAGCGCUUCCACGGAAACGCCCAAUCCCAAUCUGGCAACCGCCGCCCGAGAGGUGCAAGACAAGGCGACGUCGAAACUGUUCGAUCUCCUGCGGGAGAAUAUCUACUCCGAGGUGACGACGCUCAUCGACGUGAACGAAUCCCAUCCCGAUUUUCUUAUUCAGUUGUUCAGAGAGCUGCAGCUUAUCAGCUCCGAUCCGCUCCGGCAGCGAGUUCUGCAGUCGAUUCGCGGAGUGCUCGGGCAGUGCGUUGACGAGCCAGUGUCCACUACCUGUUCAGAGCCGGCCUCGCGGCCCGCGUGCCGCGACUGUGGCGGACGGGACGCGUGCUCCACUCCGGCGCAGAUUGAUAACAAGAUCGUGCGAUUUCUGUUGAUGAGCAGCGAGGAAACGUUCAAUUCGGAGCUGCUAGAGUCGUUGGCUUCCCUCAUUCUGGGUGGCCUCGCCGACAGUCGGCGAUCUAGGAGAAUUAUCGAAUCUCUUUCAAAAUAUGAAGGAUUGAGAGUGUGCGACGUCUCGAGCGAUAUUAUUGAAAACCUACCACAGCUGAGUUCCGGAAGUACAGAGGACGAGGAGUCUGCACAUUUGACAAGUGAAAUAUCCGAAUCUUCGAUUCUGCAGGAUGUCGCGGGCUCGCUGAACUUGUUUAGGUCGAGCGAGACGCGAUUACAUCAGAUGAACUCUUGCCCCUACGACAUGUGGCCCGGGCACGUCCAUGUGGACGAAGGCAGUCCCCGCUCGAGCCGAGAGGGCAAGGUCGAUCUCAUCGACUGCUCGGAGAUGCACAACGGAGACUUGGCAGAGGCCGACCAGACUUGCCCAGCCGAGGCCGAAGUCAGCGCCGACGCCCACGACGAGCCCCCUGCCAACGCGGAAGCUCUGCCGGACGUCGUGGACACCGAAGAAGUCACGCCGACAGAGGCUGAAGCAGAGUGGUUUGGGCUUGACCGUGUGCCAACAAGGCUGCAUAUGGAAGAAUCAUCUGAAAAACAGAAAGAUUAAGAUGGAGAAGUGAGGCAUCAAUUCUCCAAUUCACCAUUCAUUUCAUAUUUUAAAUACUAUUUGUGUAUUCUCAUUUUUUAUUUGAUUGUGGUAUAAAUUUCGGU